AUGUCCAGCAAAUCCACCGUGAGGACCCACAGCAGCAGCCGCCGGGCCUUCGGCGCCGGCUCGGCCAGGCUCCCUGGGGUCAGCCGCUCCGGCUUCAGCAGCGUGUCCGUGUCCCGCUCCGGGGGCAGCGGCCUGGGUGGCGUGUGCGGGGGAGCUGGCCUCGGCAGCCGGAGCCUCCACGGCCUGGGGAGCUCCCAGAGGGUCUCCGUCGGAGGGGGCAGCUGCGCCGUCGGCGGCAGAUAUGGCGGCAGAGUGGGCGGCGGCUUUGGCCUUGGAGGUGGCACCGGGAGUGGAUGUGGCUUCGGCGGUGGAGCCGGUGCUGGCUUUGGGCUCGGGGGCGGAGCUGGCUGUGCCGGCGGCUACGGGGGCCCUGGCUUCCCCGUGUGCCCCCCCGGAGGCAUCCAAGAGGUCACCGUCAACCAGAGUCUCCUCACCCCUCUGAACCUGCAAAUCGACCCCAGCAUCCAGCGGGUGCGGACUGAGGAGCGCGAGCAGAUCAAGACCCUCAACAACCAGUUCGCCUCCUUCAUCGACAAGGUGCGUUUCCUGGAGCAGCAGAACAAGGUCCUGGACACCAAGUGGACCCUGCUACAGGAGCAGGGCACCAAGACUGUGAGGCAGAGCCUGGAACCUUUGUUCGAGCAGUACAUCAACAACCUCAGGAGACAGCUGGACAGCAUCCUCGGGGAGAAAGGCCGCCUGGACACCGAUCUCAGAGCCAUGCAGGACACGGUGGAGGACUUUAAGAACAAAUAUGAGGAUGAAAUCAACAAGCGCACAGCAGCCGAGAAUGAAUUUGUGACUCUGAAGAAGGACGUGGAUGCUGCCUACAUGAAUAAGGUUGAACUGCAAGCCAAGGCAGACUCUCUGACAGAUGAGAUCAACUUCCUGAGAGCCUUCUACGACGCUGAGCUGUCCCAGAUGCAAACCCACAUCUCAGACACCUCCGUGGUGCUCUCCAUGGACAACAACCGUAGCCUGGACCUGGACAGCAUCAUCGCCGAGGUCAGAGCCCAAUACGAAGAGAUUGCUCAGAGGAGCCGGGAUGAGGCUGAGUCCUGGUACCAGACCAAGUACGAAGAGCUGCAGGUCACAGCAGGCAGACAUGGGGACGACCUGCGCAGCACCAAGCAGGAGAUUGCAGAGAUCAACCGCACGAUCCAGAGGCUGAGAUCUGAGAUCGACCACGUCAAGAAGCAGUGCGCCAACCUGCAGGCCGCCAUCGCCGAUGCUGAGCAGCGCGGGGAGAUGGCCCUCAAGGAUGCCAAGGGCAAGCUGGAAGAGCUGGAGGACGCCCUGCAGAAGGCCAAGCAGGACAUGGCACGGCUGCUGAAGGACUACCAGGAGCUGAUGAACGUCAAGCUGGCCCUGGACGUGGAGAUCGCCACCUACCGCAAGCUGCUGGAAGGCGAGGAGUGCAGGCUGAACGGCGAAGGCGUUGGACCAGUCAACAUCUCCGUGACGCAGUCUACUGUCUCCAGUGGCUAUGGCAGUGCCAGUGGUGUUGGCAGUGGCUUAGGCCUGGGCGGAGGCAGCGGUUAUUCCUAUGGCAGCGGCUAUUCCUAUGGCAGUGGUCACAGCCUUGGAGGUGGCUUCAGUUCUGGCAGUGGCAGAGUUCUGGGCGGUGGCCUCAGCUCCGUGGGAGGCAGCAGUUCCUCCAUCAAAUACACCACCACCACCUCCUCCAGCAGCAAGCCCUGA